AUGUCGCACGUGCCCAAGGGCAGCAACGUGGCAGAGGGCAGACAGACGCCGUUGGCGGAUGUCGCCGGGCGCGAGCAGCAGGAGCUGUGCCCGCGCGGCGUGCUGCUCGACCCGAGCCGGCGGCACCGGACCGCGUUCACGCGGGAGCAGCUGUCCCGGCUGGAGCAGGAGUACCGCCGGGAGAGCUACGUGUCCAGGCCCCGGCGCUGCGAGCUGGCCACGGAUCUCAACUUACCGGAGACGACGAUCAAGGUGUGGUUCCAGAACAGGAGGAUGAAGGAUAAACGCCAGAGACACUCCUUGCCUUGGCCCCACCCUCUCGUCGACCCUCUGGGUGCCCUCUUGAUGGGACGCUCCUCUCCUGCCACCACGUUACCGUACCCCUUCAUCCCGCACCACCUGCCCCACCUGCCCCUCCACCACUACUCCCCGCUGGCUUUCUCCUCACCGGGAUCCUCGGCUCACAGUUCCUACAGCGCACCCAUGAGGUCCCUGGAUGCACUCCGCCUCUCCCAGUACCACAACAGGGUGAGGGGGCUGCCUCAGACGACAGCAGCCCUCUACCCCUCCGCCAGCAUCGUGCACCAUCCACCUUCAUGUGCCUGCCCCCUUUGUCUGUACUGGGGACCAGAACAAUUCCUUAAAGCCAGAGGGGAGGCACUGGGACUGAGCCAGCCCCGUAGUACCAAGGCCAACAUGGAGCCUGCUGGUUUGGAGCGGAGAGAGGAGAUAAUGUAA